AUGGCCGUACCCAGCACGGCCAUGUACGACAAGCUCCUUAGUGUACAUAAUUCAGGCGGCGUGAAGUCUAGCGGCGACAAACACGGUCAGUCUAGCGGCGACAAACACGGUCAGUCUAGCGGCGACAAACACGGUCAGUCUAGCGGCGACAAACACGGUCAGUCUAGCGGCGACAAACACGGUCAGUCUAGCGGCGACAAACACGGUCAGUCUAGCGGCGACAAACACGGUCAGUCUAGCGGCGACAAACACGGUCAGUCUAGCGGCGACAAACACGGUCAGUCUAGCGGCGACAAACACGGUCAGUCUAGCGGCGACAAGCACACAGUCGAAGUAGUUUAA